AUGUGGAGCAAGGGGCUUAGGGAGAAAGUAGGUGGUGCUAUAUCUAGGUGGUUCAUCUCGAGCCAUAUACCAGCAAAUGCAGCAGUCAGUCCUCACUUUAAAAAUAUGAUUGAGGAGGUGCAGCGUGCCGGGCCCGGCGUGAAGCCUCCCACGCCACAAGAGAUUCUUGGCGUCUACCUCGAUCGGGAGCAUGAGGAGAUGCAGGCUUGGGUACGUGGACUCAAGCCAAACUGGAAGCAGUACGGGGUAACAAUCAUGUGUGAUGGGUGGAUAGGACCCACGAAAUUGUCCAUUACCAAUUUCAUGGUGUACUGUAGAGGACAACCGGUUUUUCUCAAAUCCAUUGAUGCAUCGGCCAGAAUAAAAGAUCACGAAUACAUAUAUGCUCUCCUAAAAGGAGUGAUUAGAGAUGUUGGGUGCCAGAAUGUUGUCCAAGUUGUGACGGACAAUGGCAGUGCAUUCGUUAAGGCAGGGAAGAAAUUGAUGAAGAAGUUCAAUCUCUAUUGGACUCCAUGUGUGGCACACUGCAUUGAUUUAAUGCUCGAGGAGAUAGGGAUGAGGGAUUCUGUCAAGAAGACUAUUCAGGAUGCGAGGAGAGUGAAAAACUUUAUAUACAAUCACUCAUGGUUGUUAGCUGCAAUGCGUGAGUGUUGUGGAGGGGACAUCGUUAGACUAGGCGCAACACGGUUCACCACGAACUUCAUUGCACUCGACAGCUUAUACAAGCACCGCGUGGGUCUGAGAAAUUUGUUUAGAUCCGAGAAAUACAUGGAGUGGAAUCAGAGGAAGACUGAGGGUGCAAAGACCUGUUCGAAGAUAGUGCUUUCCGAUUCCUUCUGGGAUAAAGUUCACAACGUCGUUUCCUUCCUGCAUCCGAUGUACAAGUGGGUGAUCAAUAUCAUCGAUCAUCGAUGGACCGGGACUCGAGCAUCCACUCCACCAAGCUGGUAA